AUGAGUCAGUCGUCGAGAAGUUUUGAUAAAACGAACGAAUAUGAGCGAGAAAGCCUUCUCAAUCUCAAUGAGCAAUCGAGACGGCCAGAAGAUGCAAUUUUCGAAAACAGAAAAACUGAUUGGAAAUCGAUGUGGAUUAUUGCAGUUAUGCAAUUCGUGUGCGCACUUCAAAUAUCAGUGCACUCAAUGUCAAUGUGGCCGUAUCUUUUAGAUAUCGACAAAGAAGCGACAACAAGCUUUCUUGGAUGGGCCGGAGCAAUGAAUUGCCUUGGAAACACUGUGUCUCUUCCUCUGUUCGGUCUAUGGAAUCAAAAAUCGAUGUCUGUUAAAUGGCCCGGAAUUUGUGGAAUGCUUAUUGCCGGAUUUUCGCAACUUCUGUAUUCAUCGGCGUAUUUGUCCCCAGGAUCGAAUGGACUCGUAAUUGUGCUGGUGUCCAGACUUUUAACAGGAUUAGGAGUUGGUAACAUGGCCGUAUUUCGCACCUACGCAGCCACAGCAUCAUUGCCGAAGGAUCGAAUGAAAGCAAUUUCAAUGCAAACAGCUUCAAUUAUAACAGGCUUCUCUGUUGGCCCAGUUAUUUCGGCUGCAUUCACGUUUCUUGGAUCUCAUGGAAUUCGCAUCGGUGUUCUUCGGUUCAGUAUGUACAACACUGCCGGUUUUGCAAUGGUGAUUCUCUGUAUUGCAUCAUGCAUUGCUCUAUUAAUUUGGUUCAACGAAUCGUACGUUGGAAUUCUGGGAAAAUCCGUGCUUGAAUCGGAUAAUUUUGUGAUUCCACGAUACAACGUCUUCGCCUUAUUUGUAUGCGGUUAUUCUUGCACAAUUGCAACGGUCCUCGCCUCAGGAAUUGCAAUAAUGUCAAGUCCGCUGACACAAGCUUUGUAUGGUUGGAGCCACGCUGAAUUGAUUACCUACAAUGGGAUUCUGAAUGCGAUAAGCUGUUUGGUGUCCAUUUUGACAAGUGUCGUGCUAUCGAUGACCCUUUUGCAACACCUAGACAAACGCGUCCAAAUACUUAUCGGAUCGGUUGUGUUUUUGGUUUCGCAGGUUCUCAUGUGGCCAUGGUCCUUCUAUCCAGGCCCACUUCGUUCGAACACCACCGAGAAUGGUUUGGACAUGUGCCCGGUUCAUUAUGAAUGGUGCGAGCACACGCAUCAAUCGCCGCACCUUGUUUAUAUAUUGUACGCCGUCCUGUUUAUGGGCGUCGCGUUUGCGCUAGUCGAAAACGCGGCCGGAUCGCUGCUGUCUGAAGUGAUUGGUCCGAGAAAGCAGGGAUUGAUUCAAGGAAUUUUCGGCUCGGCGAGUAGUUUGGCACCGUUCUUCUCGACGUUGGCUGUAAUGAAUCUGUUCUCGGAAUUUGGUUAUGGCUACGUGAUCCUUCUUCAAGCUACAUUCACAAUUGUCGAAAUUGUUCUAGUGAUACUCGGAUGGUCGCAAUUAGUUCCAGUAAAAUUGAAAGUCGUUGAGAAAAGCGACUCAAAUUGA